AUGAAGAUUGUCCGAUGUUGGUUGGAAAAAUUAUUUCUUUGUUAUUUUAAUGAUGCUGAUUUUAAAGAUUAUAUUAUUAACCCAGAAAUGAUUAAAAUACUUUUUGAAAAUGAAGAAAAUAUUCCGACUCAAUUUCGUGCAGACGAGUGUACAUUAACUUUUUGCAAGCAUAAUAUCGAAAAUUUAUUAAAAUUUAAUUCGGAUCAUUUAAUUAUUACUCAAUACCUUAAAAUAAAACUUGAAUCAUUCAACGAACAAGAAAAUGGCAACGAGCACCUAUUAAAAUUAUUAUUCAAUGGCAACAAAAAUAUUGAUGAAAUUUGGGUUGGAGAAAUAAAUUAUGUAAGACAUGGUGUUCUAAAAACUUUGUUCGAUGCGGUUAUAAAGGUGUCUUUAGAAAUGAUUUUAUUUGUAUAUAUCUGA